AUGGCUGCAAGAAACCGCAAGAAUUUUAAGAGGCAACAAAACAACACAGGAGCCGCAGAUCUGAGUGUUUCUAAGGAAGACCUCAUGGCCAGUAUUCGAAGGUUGGAAGCGCAGUUAGCUCAGGAGAAGUUUUUCCACGAGAAAUCUAAGGCUGAACAGCAGCAAGAGAUAAAGAUUCUUAACGGAAAAGUUAAGAAUUUGGAAAGACAAAAGAAAGCUCUUUGGGUCAAGUUGGAAAAGAAUCCGCUUGAACAGCUGAACAAGUUGCAAAGAGAGCUCAAUGAUACAAAGAAAAAACUGGAUGAAGCAAAUCAAAAGAUGGCUAACUUCAAUAAACAGAUGGAAAAGCUAUCGCGAUCCAAUAAAGAAAUCCAGAAGGCAAAGGAGAAAGUCACUGAUGAGUUUUUAGAAAAGAUCCAGCAAAAGAACUCCAAGAUUCAUAAGCUUGAGGUAAAAAUUAGGGAUUUGAAAACAACUAAUUUUGAUGUCCAAAUUCAAGAAUCUCCUGCCAAGAGCGAUUCUCUGAAGUUAAGUGACACUACCGAGAAGUCAGAAAAUUGGGAAGAAGAUCUAGAGAUUCAACGAGAGGAAGAAAAAGAACAAAAAGUGACAUCCGAAAGAUAUGAAAAAACUCAGACAGAGCCUGUGGAAACUUGCACUGUGAACUUCUUUCCAUCUAUUCACACCGCGGUUGCUAAAAACAAGGAAGGUCAUGAUUCCAGUCAGCAAGCCCAUCAAGGGAACGAGACGACUUCAAUGAAUUACUGGGCAAGUUCAUGCGUAAGCCUCGAGGAACAACCACCACCAAGUGAUGAAAACAUUCUAGAGAACAAUGGCGAGGAUAUCGCGCAAGAUUCUGUUGAAAAAAUUGACGAGUGGACUAUGGCAGACAGAAAUGAGAAUAGGAAAAGUAACUGCGCGGAAGAUCACAUUUCCUCGACAACCUCUGGCACGAAUCAACAAGAGCGCACCGCCAACUGCAAUAGUACAUACAUGAGGCGUCUUAGGAAUUUAUAUACAAAGAUGGGCCUCGGAUCGAAGGCAAAUGCGGCUGAAGACAUCGCUGGAGCAUGCUUACAAGUUCCUGUGGAAUACUUAAAGAUGAUGACUGCAAAUAAACGACCUCCACCCGGCUUUCACCCUAACGAUAUUGGUUUCACUCCCAUGGCGAGUUUAUCAAAUAACAUCUUGUACUUUGUUCCAGUACAAACUGUUAACAACUUUCAUUAA